AUGACCGACAAGAUGCAGUUCAAAGAUGAACCCCAGACCCCAACCUCUGACAUCGCCAAUGGGUCCAUCAUUGGAAGAGAUGUUGACUGGACGCCCGAGGAAGAGGCUGCUGUCAGACGCAAGUUUGAUUUUACCAUCACGCCCUUAGUGACUUUGCUGUAUAUGCUCUGUGCCAUUGACAGGGCCAAUGUCGGCAACGCUCGCAUUGAGGGCAUGAGUGAUGAACUCAACCUCGUCGGCUACCGAUAUAACAUUCUCUUGACUGUCUUCUUCAUUUUCUACUUGGCCGUGGAGAUCCCUAGCAAUGUCAUUCUCAAGAACGUUGGCCCUCGAUGGUAUUUGCCCGCCCUUGUCUUUUGCUUCGGAAUGGUCUCUCUCUGCACCGCCUUUGUCGAGUCGUACGCUUCGAUGCUUGUCGUCAGAGCUAUCCUGGGCAUCUUUGAAGGUGGCGCCAUGCCUGGAACGGCCUUCUUCCUGAGCUGCUUCUACAAGAAGACUGAGCUAUUCUUCCGCAUGAGCAUCUUCAUCGCGUCUAGUUCCCUGGCUAGCUCGUUUGGUGGCCUCCUGGCUGCGGGGCUUUCCAAGAUUCCACCCUGGGGAGCUAGUGCCAUGCUCAUCCAUCGGUGGAGGAAUAUCUUCUUCUUUGAAGGCUUGAUCACCGUCCUCGUUGCUGCGGUUGCUCCAUUCUUGAUGCCCCAGAGCCCCGGAACAUACAAGUUCUUGACUGACCGACAACGCUACAUUGCCGCAGAGCGUCUCCUGCGCGAGAAUGCCAACGUCCGUGAAGAAAAGGUCACCUGGAAGCAUGUGCAGCGUGCCAUCUUCAACAUCCACACCAACGUCUGCGCCUGGUGUUUCUUCUGCACCAACAGUGCCGUUCAAGGCUUUGGAGCUUUCAUCCCGACUAUCCUCCGCGAAUUUGGUUGGACUUCGACCGAGGCCCAGCUCAAGUCGGUACCUCCGUAUCUCGUGGCGUGCUGUGUUACCAUUGCCCUCGGCUACCUGAGUGACCGAACCAACAAGAGAGGCAUCUUUAUGGCUGGCAUUCUGCCCUGCUCUAUUAUUGGUUUCUCUAUCCUGAGGUUCUCGACCAACACAGAUGCCAAGUACGCCGCUGUCUUCCUCAACGCCAUCGCUUGCUUUGGAGCUAGUAGUGGAUUCCUCAGCUGGGGAAUCAACAAUGCCGGUAGUCCAGCCGUGGCGGCUGUUGCCGGUGGCUACAUGGUCAUGGUGGGAAGUAUGGGAGGUGUCUUGUCUACUUGGACUUAUCUAUCGCGUGACUCCCCGCUCUUCCACACCGGUCACACCAUCAACCUGUCUCUUCAGUGCUUCUGCUUCUGUCUGGCUUGCUUCGGCCUUGCCCACUGCGUCUACGACAACAAGCUUCGUGCUAGGGGCGGAAGAGACGACAGGAUUCAGGGACUCACCGAGGAGGAGAAGCUGGCACUUGGUCACCGAAACCCGGAGUUCCGCUAUAUGGAGUGA